AAAAGUUGUUGUUUUAAAGUGGUUUGCAUCGAAUCAACAGUACUCUCAACAGUUUUGUGAAAAACAGACGUCCGUACUGCACAACAUUUUUGUUCAAUUCAUUACAAUAAAAUAAAAUAAAAGUCAAAAUGGCAAUCAAAUUAUAUGGUUUGUCCGAUGGACCACGCACUAUUGCUGUUAUUAUGACCAUGAAAGCUUUGGACAUUCCCUAUGAGCUAAUUAGUACCAGUUGCCGUUUGGGACAGCAGAAGACCGAGAAAUUUGCCUUGAUAAAUCCUCAAAGGGAAAUUCCUGCAAUUGACGACAAUGGAUUUUACCUUCAAGAAACAAUCGCAAUUAUAAUUUAUUUGUGCAACAAGUACGCUCCUGAUAGUCCCCUUUACCCAAAAGAUCCUGUUGCUCGUGCAAUUGUCAACCAGAGAUUGUGUUUCAACAUGGGUUAUUAUUUCACGACUAUUGGAAUCUAUACAAUGGGAACGAAAUUAUACGAUGCCAAAAGAACUCCCGAACUUCUAAAGAAAGUCGAAAACUCAUUGAAUGUCUUUGAAAUUUAUCUAGAACGUGCAAAUACCAAAUAUGCUGCCGGAGAUAAAUUAACGGUUGCUGAUUUUGCUCUAAUCGCAUCUACAUUAUGCCUUGAAGCAGCUAAGUUUGAUUUCUCUCCUUACCCAUUGAUUAAAAAGUGGUAUGAAACAUUCAAACAAGAAUAUCCAGCACUGUGGGACAUUGGAAACACUGGUUUAAUUCAGUUAGACUGGAUUGAAAGGAAUCUCCCGGGACCACUUUUGAAAUUUGAAUAGUAGUCGUCUUUAGAUAGUGUCGAACAAAAUUUGUGUAAAGCAUGUUCAUAUAGGUAUGCACAAUAUAAUAUUUUAAAAUUA